AUGUCAGGGCACUUGAACGAACUUUCUCAAGCAGGGAAUUCCCCGACUGUGAAUAAUAUUUCCGUGCCAGGAGAACAAUAUUGUAAUGAGAUGCUACCAAAUAAAGAUAUUCUGUCGUCCGAGCAAACCAUGAAUUGCGAAGGAUCUGGGCGCGUAAGUUUAUGCGCUAAGGAUAGCUCCGAUCGAGAGGCUCUGCAUCGACAGGAAGAGACUGGGCUGGAGGAAGAGAAAGAGAUGGAAUUGAUUCAACUUCUGCUAGAGUCUGCACAAACGAUAAGCGAGGGGAAAUAUGAUCACGCUGCUGGACUAGUGAGUAAAUGCGAAGAUUUGUCUUGUCAGAUGGGGAAUCCCACACAAAGGCUCGGCUAUUAUAUCUCCGACGCCCUGAAGGAUAGAAUCGAACACGAGAGUCUCGGCAUGUUAAACAAUGCAGCUAAACCAGUCCUAGAUUUUGCCUUCAAUAUAGAGAGUGAAUCUGACAAAAAUGAGUUUUGUAGUCUCAUUGCUUACUAUAAUAGAGUUCUGCUCUAUGUCAAAGUGAUACAGUUCACAUCUGUGCAGGCAAUCAUAGACGUCGUGGGGAAUGAGAAGAAAAUUCAUGUAAUUGAUCUAGGGAUACGAAGUGGGUCGCACUGGACAGUACUGAUGGAGUAUCUUGCACACAGAUCUGUUUCCUCUUCUCUCCAUACGCUUGAGCUUCUCAGAAUUACAGCAGUUGGGAUGAAUGCGGAAGAGCUUAGGAAAACCGGAAAAAGGCUUCAUGACCUGGCUAAAUCUUACGCGAUUCCAUUAUCUUACAACAUGGUGGAGAUCGCAAGCAUAGAGGAGAUUAAGGAAGGUUUAUUCACCGUUAAAUCUGGUGAGGAGUUGGCAGUUUAUGCUCCAGUUGUUCUGAGAAGUUUGUUAUAUGACCCCGUUCUUAUGGACAAUGUCUUAAGUGUUAUCAAAAAACUGAGGCCAAGGAUAAUAGUCAAUGUUGAAAUAGAAGCGCAGCAUAAUUCUCCUUCUUUUGCAAAUAGAUUCAGCGAGGUGCUUUCCCAUUACAUGGCGUAUUUUGAUCUUUUGGAUGUUACCUUACCAGACAGAAUUGAUCUUAAGAGGGUGAAGCUUGAAGAAAUAAUUACUGCAAGUCAUAUAAGGAAUAUAAUAGUCUAUGAGGGGAAGGAGAGGUCCGUUAGGCAUGUUAGAACAGAUGAGUGGAGGUGCUUGAUCAUUAAAGCUGGGUUCAGAGAAAAGGGCUUCAGCUUUCAAGCUAUGUAUCAGGCUAGAUUGUUAUUAGGAGAACAUGCUUCGGGAGAGUAUUAUACUCUGGAGGCCGAUGGACAUGCCAUAAUUGUAAAGUGGAAAGGAACACCAUUAUUUGCAAUCUCGGCAUGGGAUGGUAUCAAAUGA